CUCACCUUCCCUGUUCAUAGGAUCCUCUCCGUCCGCGGCCAUGGAAGAGGAGGAGAAUCCAGCUCCCCCAGCACCAGAGGAUCCAGUGGGGGGCAGUGAGGAGCAGCGGCGGCCAAGCGAUGCCCCCCCGGACAGGGAGCCGUGUCAGCCGGGUGCUCUCUGCACUGGACAAGUCAUCAUGCUGCAGAAGGCCUUGCAGCAGGUGGUGAGCAGCAGCUUCCAGAGCGAGCGGCCGGGCCGGGCCGGCGGAAAAGAUGCGGAGAGGAAGAAGAUGAGCCGGAAGAAAUGGUGCCGGAGCCCCCGGGCGGAUGGAUCUGGCAAUGGCAAGGGGGGCACCGGGGACCCUAUAGGCACAUGUGACCGGAGCAUCACUGUCCCCGAGGCCCUGGGCCUGUUCUCCGGCCUGGCGGGGGCCCUGCAGUUCCUGCAGAGGUCGUGUGCCGCCUCCAUGCAGACCCGGCUCCUCCUAGGAGACGACGGGCUCCUGGGGCCCCCGGGCGUCUGCGGGGACGCGGAGCCGGACGAGGUGGAGCUGGUGGCCGAGGUUCGGCUGGGGGACGUGGCUGCUGCGUCCGGCAUCUUCAGGAGAGAGCGGGCCUGGAGGGUGCACAAAUCAGUCUCCCUGCCCAGCCCCUCGGCUCCGCGCUGGAGAGGAGCUGGCAGCCUCCCCGUCGCCCUGGACCCGUCUUCCGGCCCCCUGGACCUUAAGUGGCCCCCCCGGACUCGUGGGGGCGCAGCCCCGCUCCCCGGCACGGGCAGGACUCGGCGCGUCCCCGGCCGCUGGGCUGUGGCCCUGGGCACCGGCACGGGGGUCUCCAACGGGCAGCAGCGGCCCCAGGCCCCGGCAGGCAGGGACCCGGAGGCCCAGCGCUCCCAGCCACCCCCCGCCAGCGCCCUGGAAAAGGCCGAUUCCAGCUCCAGCUCCUCCUCCUCCUGCUCCUCGUCGUCGUCCUCCUCCUCCUCCCAGCAGGCGGCGCCCCCCGGGGGCGGGGACAGCAACCUCGGCCCCCUGCGCUCGCCAGACCCGGAUAUUUAUGAUCCCUUCCACCCGACGGACGAGGACAACCCGGGCGGGGACUUCGGCUACGCGGCCUCGCCCGGCAAACAGCAGGACCAGAAGUACGACCCCUUCGACCCCACCGGCUCCAACCCCAGCUCCUCCCGCAGCAGCCCCUCCCCCGACGAGGAGGAGGACGAGGAGGAGGAGGAGGAGGAGGAGGACGACGCGGCCGCCCCCCGGCCCGACAUGUCCCACAGCAUCAGCCGCAUCUCGGAGACCCUGGCCGGCAUUUACGACGAGAACAGCUUGAGCCAGGACUUCCCCGGCUCGGAGAAGGGGCGGGACGAGGCGGAGCCCAGCGAGGGCCCCGUGGCCGGUGGCCGGCGCCCCGAAAAGGAGCCGGCGGCCGGGGCCGACUCCACCCUGCCCGAGGAGGAGAUCGCCUCGGAGCAGUCGGACGGGGCUCCCGAGCCGCCCCCGGAGCCGCGGCGCCGCGUCUUCGUGGUGGACCUUGCCAGCAAGAGCCGCUCGGAGGCAGAGGCCAACCCCAAGCUGGAGGGGAAGGUGUCGCUGGAGGUGGUGACGGCCGGAAACCCCAAGGCUCCGGCCCGGGGGGAGAAGGGCCCCAAGGCGGGCCGGCACCGGGGCGGGCGGCGCCCCUCUCUGGACUGGGCCGGUGCCGACUCGGAGAUCGAGGAAGGCGAGAUCGUGCAGCCGGAGGACGAACGCUACAGCCCCAUCCGGCUCUUCCGCAGCCGGUGUCGGCCGGCCGAGCCGCGCCCCCUGCGGGUGGCGGAGGGCGAUGACUUCCUGUCUCUCCACGCCGACUCGGACGAGGAGGGGGACUUUGGCGAGAGCCAGCCCGAGCCCCGGUGGAAGGCGGCCGCCGACCUGCGGCGCAAGAUCCUGACGCAGCGCCGCGAGCGGUACCGCCAUGACUCGCCCAAGCACUCGGGCUCCAGCUCCGGCUCCCGCAAGAAGGCCAAGCGGUCCCGUGAGCGCCGGCCCCCCAAGGCCAAGGAGCCCCGCGCUGGCCCCUGGCCCCCCAAGAAGAAAUCCAAGUCGCGCUCGAAGUCCAAGGAACGCCGGCGCUCCCGGUCCCGCCGGCGCGGCUCCCGCUCCCGGUCCCGCCGCCGCGGCUCCCGCUCCUGGUCACCCUCCCUCAGCACCAGCCUGUCGGCCAUGGGCUCGGAGCGGCGCCGGCGGUCACGGGAGAGGCGGCGGGGCCGGCGCUCGCGCUCAGGGAGCCGGGCGCGGCACAAGGAGAAGCACCGGGACGGCGGCGGCGGCAAGAAGAAGAAGAAGCAGCAGCGCUCCCGUUCCCGGGAGAAGCGGCCGCCCCGCGACAAGCAGCGCGAGGUGCACGUCCUGGAGGAGCCCAAGGCGGAGGAGCGUCGCCGGGACGCCCGCACCGUCGUGCCGCCCUCCAUCCAGGACCUCAACGACACCGACCUCUUCACCAUCAAGAGGACCAUCACGGUCAGCCGGCAGGACGGCUCCCCGGAGCCGGCCAAGCGGGAGGUGCUCUAUGACUCAGAGGGGCUGAGCUUCGAGGGCUGCUUCUCGGACCGCGAGCCCGCCGAGGGCCCCCGGCACCUGGGUGGCAAGGGCGACGGGGGGCCGCCCCGCAAGGAGCGGUCGGAGGAGGAGGCCAAGCCGCCCAAGGAGAAGGAGCGGAAGCGGGGGUACCCGGAGGAGCGCCCCGCGCCCCGCGAGAAGUCCAAGAAGAGGUUCAAGGAGGCGCCGGGCCGGUCGGCGCCCGAGGCGGGCAAGGCGGAGAAGGAGAAGUCGCGCCCGGAGCGGGAGAAGCCCCCCCGGAAAGCCAAGGCCGGGCACAAGGACAGCGGCAAGGCGGGCGGCUCGGGCCGCAAGGUCAAGCUGCAGUCCAAGGUGGCGGUGCUGAUCCGCGAGGGCGUCAGCAGCACCACGGUCUCCGGCAAGGAAGGCGGCUCCAUCGGCAUCAAGUUCAGCCGGGACAAGGAGAGCCGCUCGCCCUUCCUCAAGCCGGAGGAGAAGGGGCCCGGGGCCGAGGCCAAGGCGGAGCCGGCCAAGGAGCCGGGCGCCAAGGCCAAGAAGCCGAAAGGGCUGAAGGCCAAGGCGGGGCUGAAGAAGGCCAAGGGGCCGGGGGCCAAGGCCAAGGCGCCCUCGGAGGCCAAGAAGAAGAAGAAGCUGAAAGCCAAGACGGGGCUGAAGAAGUCGAAGGCCGACAGCUGCAGCCAGGGGGCCGGGAGCCCGCCCGCCCCCGCCCCCGAGCCCACGGGGGGCGCCGGCUCCCCACUCAGCCCCGCCCAAGCCGCCGCCCGCCCGGCCGAGCAGGAACUGACCCCGACUCGCAGACGGUGGACAGCAGCUGCAACGCCCGACGUCUCCUUCCUGCCCGAGGAGGCGGCCGUGCCCGCGCCUGGCGAGCAGCAGAGGGCGCCGGCGGGCGAGCCCCAGGCCGACAGCCUCUCCGAGCCCAAGGAGGAGCCCGCCCGCGCCCUGCCCCCGCCCCCGGCCCCCAUGGCCUGGAACUUGCAGGGGGGCGUGGACUGCACCACGAGCGGCGUCCUGGCACUGACCGCCCUGCUCUUCAAGAUGGAGGAAGCCAACCUGGCGAGCCGAGCCAAGGCCCAUGAACUCAUCCAGGCCACCAACCAGAUCCUGAGUCACACCAAACCCUCCACGUCCCUAGCGGGCUCCCAGGCCCCCGCGCCGCCUCCCGCCCACACGGCCGCCCCCUACCUGCUGCACAGCUCCCUGCCCCUGGGGGGCUGCAGCUCCACCCCCCCGACCCCCACCGGGCUGCCUGGCACCCUCGGCCCGGCCUCGGCGGGCGCUGGCAGCGGGACUCUCUUUGGCACCGGCUCCGGCAGCGACCUGGGCAAGCGGGACGGGAGCACCAGCUCCGACGGGCGCGGGGACACCGAUAAGUACCUGAAGAAGCUGCACACGCAGGAGCGGGCGGUGGAGGAGGUGAAACUGGCCAUCAAGCCGUACUACCAGAAGAAGGAGAUCACCAAGGAGGAGUACAAGGACAUCCUGCGCAAAGCGGUGCACAAGAUCUGCCACAGCAAGAGCGGGGAGAUCAACCCGGUGAAGGUGAACAACCUGGUGCGGGCCUACGUGCAGCGCUACAAGUACUUCCGGAAACACGGCCGCCGCAUGGAGGAGGAGCCGGGGGGCCCCAGACUCUGGAUGGUUUUAAACAGGAACAGUUUUACUCUGUACAUAUGGGGGGGCUGGACUUGGGGCGGGGGGGUGAGCCUGGCUGGGGGGGGCCUGUUCGCGGGCUACCCUCCCCCCGACUUCCCCUACUUUACUCAUGUUAGCAUGUUUUUAUUUGGAUUCCUCCCCCCCAGGGAAUCUCUCAUCCAGCCCCCCCCCGGCCCCCAGCUGCCCUGGGAGGAGCAGCUCUCUGGGUUGAGAUGCCCCCCCACAGCUGGUGCCCCCCCAUCUCUGUAUCUUCCUUUCUGUCUCUUCAUAAACUGCGUUAGCCACUUGGCUCUGGAUCGUCUUCUUGGGGCGGGGGACACGUGUGAUAGCAGGUCUGGGGGGCAGGGUUGGGGGCCGCCCCCCAGCCAAGGCACAAAGAGUCCCCCACCCUUUCCUGGAGCAGGUUCUCUCUGACCCCCCCACCCACUCCAGAGGGGCCACUUCCCAUGUAGGGGUCCCCCUAGAACUGUGCCCCACCCCGGAGUGGUCCCCGGAUAAAUGGAGGGGGGGCACAUCCCCAAGGAAGGCCCCAUGGAUGUGGGGGGGGAGCCGAGCUGGGAACGGGAAGGCGGCUUCGCUCCCGGCGUCCUGGCGCCGUUACCCCGGGCGCUAAAGGGGACGGGACGCAGCUCGGGGCGAGUCGGCCGCGAUCUUCUGCCCAAUUGGGAGGAAUUCAAGUCUCGGGGCUGGAAGAACCUCGGAGCCACGGGGCGAGAACGGCGAACGCGGCUCACGGGGGAGUCCCGGCAGCCCGGAGCAGGGCCGGCGCGGUGAACCCCAGCCCAGUCAGCCAGACUUCGGUCCCUGGGCAAAGCUUGUCUGCGACCCCCUGGAGGAGCAGGGGCUGGUCGCCGGCAGCCAGCGUGGAGUCCCCAGGACCUGACCCUGCCCACGCAGCCGGGUUUCCUCCCCGGCGCAGGAACCGGUUUGGCGGCGGGGGGAUGCGGCGGACGUCGCGUCCCUGGAUGUCACAGUCUGCUAAGGCAGCUGGAGCGAUGCGGGCUGCGGAAUUGGUUAACCAAGCGCAAAGGGAAUGAUGGAGGCAGGCCCCGGGUGGGGCUCGUCAGGGACCAGUGUUAACGACCUGGCUGUGGGGAUCGAGAGCCGGCGACUCCAGUCUGCUGAUGACACGAAGCUGGGAGGUUGCCAACCCCUCGGAGGACAGAGCGAAGAUUCAGAGGGAUCUUGAGAACUGGGCUCUAGGCGACAACACGACAUUCAGCGGAGACGUGAGUCAGGUGCUGCACGGAGGGAAGAGACCCUGCUGCACCAGUGCAGAACGGGGGGUGAGGGGCUUGGCAGCGGCCCUGCGGAGAGGGAGCUGGGAGCUGGGGCAGAUCCCGGCCUCAGCGUGAGUCAGCACCGCGACGCUCUUACGUCUGCGUUACCGGCGAGUCCCGGGAGGCGACCGGCGCCUGGGGGAUCCUGCACCAUGUUCACGCCGGGCGCAGAAAAUA